AUGAAUGCACGGCCAUACGCCUGUGAGAUUCCUGGAUGUCCUAAGGCUUUCAGUAAUGCAAGCGAUCGUGCAAAACAUCAGAAUAGGACGCAUUCCAAUUUGAAACCAUAUGUCUGUUCUAUUUCCCAAUGCGAAAAGAGCUAUACUGAUCCCUCAUCUCUGCGCAAACAUAUUAAAACUGUCCAUGGCGAUGAAGCUUAUGAGAGAGCGAAGAAGAAUAGGCCUCAUAAUACUGGAGGGAGACGAAAGAAGAGUAAUCCAGUCAUUCGCUCUAUGCCACUCAACAUCCUUCAACUCGCUGCAUAUCAACAGCAAUUGUCGCAAAAAGCAGAAAAGAAAGAAUUUGGGAUGGAUACCGAUGGAGCAUCGUGUGAAGAUCAAGAUCAUGCUGAAGAUAGCAAUGUCAAUGAAACAUCCACCACUUCUCCAUGCUCGGAAGAUUUCAAUAUCACAACAUGCAAUGGUAACGAUGACAGGCACUGCGCCUUUUCUCAAGGAUCUGCCGUAUCAGGAUCA